AUCGGGCAAUAUAUACAUAUAUUGUAGAAAAAAAAUGUAUUGGAAGUGGUGAAGAUUUCAGUAACUCGUUUUUAAUACCACAAUACUUGUAACUUAAGCAAUUGUGUUUCACUUUUCGUCCUGUUAAAAUGAAUUUGAAUAUAUCGAAUGCAGCAAAAUAUAUUUGGAAAACACAAACUAUUCCCGGAUUUGGGUUCCAGCAAGUUAGAAACAAAUGGGCGAAUUGGUUGAUGAUCAGAGAUGUAAAACGUCGUCGUAUGAGCGCUGAAAAUUUUCUAGAGAGAUCCAGAAUUAAUGCUCUAAGGAAGAAUGAUGUUCUACCAAUUGAAAUACGGGAACUGGCUGAUAAGGAGAUUAAUAAAUUUGAGCUCAACGCCACUCCCAUGAGAAUAAAUAACAGAUGUGUUAUUACAUCAAGACCCCGUGGUAUAGUGAAGGAAUGGAGAAUGAGUCGUAUUGUAUGGAGACAUCUCGCUGACUACAAUAAACUGUCAGGGGUUCAAAGAGCUAUGUGGGGUUAAAUUAACAUUACGUAGAACGUUUGAAUAUAAUUUUUAAUUAUUAGCUAUGUAUUAUAUAUAUAUUAGAUAAAUGAUUUGUAAAUAUA